UGGGGUCCUUGGCUCGCGCCGAAAUUCAAAGGCAUAAAUGGCGCCGGCGCGGGCGGUGCGCGGGGCGCGCGUUGCAGCGGCGCUGCUGGAGUUCUGUGUGGCGUGUCUGCGGGCGUGACACUCAGCCCUUGGGACCGGGGAGCACUCUGGAGCACCCCAAGCCUCCGUGGCCCGGUGCUGCGGCGAGGCGGGUGUCUGUCUGUAUAGAACUGCUUCGUGGCCCAUUUGGUUCCUGGGAGAGGUGGUGGUACCCACACCAGCAGGGAAAAUGCACGUCAAGUCAAUAGUUCUCGAGGGCUUCAAGUCCUAUGCCCAGAGGACUGAAGUCAAUGGUUUUGACCCCCUCUUCAAUGCCAUCACUGGUCUGAAUGGUAGUGGGAAAUCCAACAUACUGGACUCCAUCUGUUUUUUGCUGGGCAUCUCCAACUUGUCUCAGGUUCGAGCUUCUAAUUUGCAAGACUUAGUUUACAAAAAUGGGCAGGCCGGUAUUACCAAAGCCUCAGUAUCCAUCACCUUUGAUAAUUCAGACAAGAAACAAAGUCCUUUAGGAUUUGAGAUUCAUGAUGAGAUUACAGUCACCAGACAGGUGGUUAUUGGUGGCAGAAAUAAAUACUUGAUCAAUGGUGUGAAUGCGAACAACACCAGAGUGCAGGAUCUAUUUUGUUCCGUCGGCCUCAACGUCAACAACCCCCACUUCCUCAUCAUGCAGGGUCGAAUUACAAAAGUAUUGAAUAUGAAACCUCCAGAGAUUUUAUCCAUGAUCGAAGAAGCAGCUGGAACAAGGAUGUAUGAAUACAAAAAAAUAGCUGCUCAGAAAACCAUAGAAAAAAAGGAGGCCAAACUGAAAGAAAUUAAGACGAUACUUGAAGAAGAGAUUACUCCAACCAUUCAGAAAUUGAAAGAGGAAAGAUCUUCCUACUUGGAAUAUCAGAAAGUAAUGAGAGAGAUAGAACAUCUAAGUCGUCUGUAUAUUGCUUAUCAGUUUUUGUUGGCCGAAGACACCAAGGAACGCUCAGCCGAGGACUUAAAAGGAAUGCAGGAUACAAUUGGGAAGCUUCAAGAAGAACUGUCUGAGAAUGACAAAAAAAUCAAAGCACUUAGUCAUGAGAUAGAAGAGCUGGAAAAGAGAAAAGAUAAGGAAAUUGGAGGUAUACUCAGAUCGUUAGAAGAUGCUCUUGCAGAAGCGCAACGAGUCCAUACUAAGUCUCAAAGUGCCUUUGAUCUCAAGAAGAAAAAUCUGACUAGUGAAGAAAACAAACGUAAAGAACUAGAACAAACUCUGGCCGAGGAUUCUAAAACAUUAUCAGCGAAGGAAAAAGAGGUUAAGAAGAUAACAGAUGGGCUAAGUGCCCUUCAGGAAACGAGUAAUCAAGAUGCCGAGGCCUUGGCGGCUGCACAGCAACACUUCAAUGCUGUGUCUGCUGGGCUUUCGAGUAAUGAAGAUGGAGCAGCAGCAACGCUUGCUGGUCAGAUGAUGGCCUGUAAAAAUGACAUAAGCAAAGCUCAGACAGAAGCCAAACAGGCUCAGAUGAAGCUGAAACAUGCCCAACAAGAAUUAAAGACCAAACAGGCUGAAGUCAAGAAGAUGGAUAGUGGCUACAGGAAGGAUCAGGAAGCUUUCGAGUCGGUGAAGAAACUGAAAGAGAAACUGGAAGCUGAAAUGAAAAGGCUCAAUUAUGAAGAAAACAAGGAGGAGAAUCUUCUGGAAAGGCGGAGACAGCUGUCCCGGGACAUCAGUAGAUUAAAAGAAACAUACGAAGCUCUCUUGGCCAGAUUUCCCAACCUUCGAUUUGCCUACAGGGACCCCGAGAAGAACUGGAACAGAAGUUGUGUGAAAGGACUUGUAGCUUCUCUGAUAAGCGUGAAAGACACUUCAGCAGUCACAGCUUUAGAAUUAGUAGCUGGGGAACGACUCUACAAUGUUGUAGUAGACACAGAGGUCACUGGAAAGAAACUCCUAGAGAAGGGCGAGUUGAAGCGCCGGUACACUAUAAUUCCACUGAAUAAAAUCUCAGCCAGGUGCAUCACUCCAGAAACUCUGAGGGUGGCUCAGGAUCUUGUUGGUCCUAAAAAUGUUCACGUGGCUCUUUCCCUGGUUGAAUACAAACCAGAACUUCAGAAAGCAAUGGAAUUUGUCUUUGGGACAACACUUGUUUGUGACACUAUGGAUAAUGCUAAAAAAGUGGCUUUUGAUAAAAGGAUAAUGACUAGAACUGUAACCCUGGGCGGUGACGUAUUUGACCCUCACGGGACAUUAAGUGGAGGUGCUCGGUCUCAGGCUGCUUCUAUUCUAACCAAAUUUCAAGAACUUAAAGAUAUUCAAGAUGAGCUGAAAAUCAAGGAAAAUGAGCUACAAGGCUUAGAAAAAGAACUAGCAGGUCUUAAACACACUGCUGAAAAGUAUCACCAACUAAAGCAGCAGUGGGAGAUGAAAGCUGAGGAGGCAGAAUUAUUACAGACCAAGCUCCAGCAAAGUUCCUAUCAUAAGCAGCAGGAAGAACUAGAUGCUCUCAAAAACGUCAUCGAGGAAAGUGAGGAGACCUUAAAAAAUACCAAAGAAAUUCAAAAAAAGGCAGAAGAAAAAUAUGAAGUACUGGAGAAUAAAAUGAAAAAUGCAGAAGCUGAAAGUGAGAGAGAACUGAAGGAUGCUCAGAAAAAACUGGACGUGGCCAAGAAGAAAGCAGAUGCCUCCAGCAAAAUAAUGAAAGAAAAACAACAGGAAGUUGAAGCUAUCACUCUGGAGCUAGAAGAGCUCAAGCGAGAGCACACAUCCUACAAACAGCAGCUGGAAGCUGUAAAUGAAGCUAUCCAGUCCUAUGAAGGUCAGAUUGAAGCAAUGGCAAUGGAGGUGGCCAAAACUAAGGAGUCAGUAAAUACAGCUCAAGAAGAAGUGACCAAGCAAAAGGAAGUGAUAACAGCGCAAGACAGUGUAAUCAAAACUAAAUACACAGAAGUAGCAAAAUAUAAAGAGCAAAACAACGACUCGCAGCUUAAAAUCAAGGAGCUGGAGCACAACAUCAGCAAACAUAAGCGAGAAGCCGAGGACGCUGCAGCAAAGGCACGUCUGCUGCUUUUCCCUUUGAACUGUUGGAAUAUUCUGGUAAACUGCUCAGUGAAGGACUCGCAGUACGUGGCAGAACUACUGCCUGCCACAGUUUUGAGACGUAGGGCCGUGUUCACUACCCAGCAGCAAUGCCCACUUUCACCAGCUGCCACAGAGAUUUUUUUGAAGAUGUCUUUAGCAGACUCUUAGUGUCUUAGUGGAAAGACCGUUUUUAUCCCCAGGUAUU